CAGCUGGCCUUGCCUUCCUCCGCCUCCUCCCGCUUUUUCCCUCCCACCUGGUGGUUUCUUGGAAAAGAGCUGCAGCUCGUUGCUUUCUCUUUCCUGCUUGGCGUCCCCAGGACUUUCCUCCGGAGCCCAGCUGCGACUUCAUCAACUGCAAGCACUCUUUGUAAAAUAUGGAGAAAAGUGACAUUCAAGGGACACUUGUAAGCAAAAUGGAACCUCUUAAAGAACCAGCACAAUUCAAGAGCGCAGAGGAAACUGAAACUCCAGAAGCAGUUAUGAAAAAGACAGGAAAUCUUUCAGAAUUGGAAACGUUGAUGGCAAAUGCUAGCAUUGAAGAACACAAGACUUCAGAUGUACUUACAAAUGAAACUGGAAAACAGAGAGAAUUAGAAAAAUUGAAGGAGAAUGUUGCAACAGCUGAAAAUCUGAAGUCCAACAUACUACUUUUAAAACUUGGUGCUGAUGAAAGGAGGAGAAAUUAUCUAGAUAAGCUGAGAGAACUAAGGGAUCGGGAAAAUAAGAUAGCUCUGGAAAUAAUGAAAGCCCAAGAGGAAGCUCGGGUGCAACUUUCUGAGAUAAAUGAAAAAAACGAUCAGUUGAAAAAGGAGAUUCAGGCCCUUAAAGCCAAACGUGAAGCAAAAAUUGCUAAGUGUGAAGAAUUUGCACAGAGAUUUCGGGUGAGAAAGGACAUACCAGAGAAAAAAAUGAAGUGUACACAUCUGGAGACUAUCAAAAACAAAGAUGAUGAGAUGAACAAUAACAUAUCCUGCCUUUUUCAUAUAUCUCCAAAAAUCCCAUUCAGGCUGAGCCAACAAGAAGCUGUCAUCACAUUUGAACAAGAAAGUGUUGCCCAUGGACUGAUUACAAAACAUUGUCACACUGUGAAGCUGGAAAAUGAUGAGAUACUCCUGCGAGCUAUACCUGCAACGCUAGAAAAAGGACUAACAUUUGAGCUCCAUUCUAAGAUCUCUCUCUGCACGCUUAAAGUUUCUAACAUCCCAGACCUAGAUAUCCCCAAGGAAUGGAUGAAAGACAAGCUGGAACUGCAUUUUUGCAAAACUAAAUUGGGUGGAGGAGUGCAGAAGGUGAUGUAUAACCCACAGUCACGGAUGGCUUUCGUUACAUUUGCGCAACCUCUAGCUGCUAAUGAUAUUGCACGUUGUGGGCAAUACAUUCCCUUCUAUACCAGUCAAUGGACUCAUCCAGUCAUGGUUUCCCCUAUUACACAAAAUCACCUGGAACAAUUUCAGAUAUUCUCAGGGAGUUCCAGUAAGACCAUCUUGUUAACAGGAAUCAAGGUAGAAGAGGAAGAUGAAGAAAGUGUGGAAGAUAUGAUAGUGAUCCACUUCCAGAAAGCUAGUAACGGUGGUGGGGAAGUUGAAAACAUCAAAUAUGCUUCAAAGGGAGCCAAAAUUGCUUAUUUUGAGAAUGACACAGAUGAUGUCAUUUGAGAGUCCCAGGAGGAGGUUGAAUCUAUAGCUCAUGAAAGCCAUGGCUCAUUUUCUGAUUUUGUGAAGAGCUUCAUAGGUAAUACAGUAUCAUAGCCCAGAAAAUUGCUCUGGAUAGUGUCGCUGAUUGAUUUUUUAUUAUAUUCCACCAGACUGAAGAUACAGUUUUGUGCUGGCUUACUCAGAUGUCAACCCAAAUUUGUUGAAUGAGCUUCCUCUCAAGCAGUGCCCAGAGGAUUGCAGCUUAAAUCCUGUUGAAAGUGAUGGGACUUGUUCAAACAUAAAUACCUUGGUUCCAUUAGUUCCAGUGCUUUGGAUAUAGAUUUAAACCAUACUUGAAUCAAUGGAUUUGGGGGGGAGGGGGUCUUCUGUAUAUAGAUACAUGGAUAUUUUAACAUGGAGCUCAGAUGAUUGAUUACCUACACAUACUACUGUACAAGCAGCUUUUUAUAAAUAUGCCACAUGGUUUUGAUGUGAAUACUGUGGAAUGAGAGUGACAAAGAAAGGGGCUGUCUUUCUGAUACGCAA